UGUGCAGGAAACUGCCAUUGUUGAUAUGGUCAUCCGAAACAAUGGGAUAAAACUCACUGAGAUUCGAGACAGAGUCUUGGCAGACAACAGUACUUUUGCAAAUAUUCACAGUGUAAGCAUAACAACAAUUUCUAGAGUCCUGAAAAAACAUCAGGUCAGGAUGAAACAGUUGUACACUGUGCCUUUUGAGAGGAACUCUGAACAUGUCAAGCAACUCAGGAACCAAUAUGUCCAGAGAGUCAUGGAGAUUGAUGGCAGGCAAACACCCCACAUUUUCAUCUUUGUGGAUGAGGCGGGUUUCAACUCGGCCAAAACACGGCGACGAGGGAGGAAUGUGAUUGGAAAGAGAGCCACAGUGAUUGUCCUGGGCCAGAGGGGUGCCAACAUCACAAUGUGCGCAGCAAUAUCCACUGAUGGAGUGCUGUUACACAGACCACUAAUUGGGCCAUACAACACUGAACGUCUCCUUGCGUUCCUGCAUGAUCUCUAUGGAAGGGUUGUGCUAGAUGAGGAAAGGGAUGCAGAGAGAGGGAAUCAGCCAACAUUUAUAAUUGUAUGGGACAAUGUGGCAUUUCACCACUCCCGUGCAGUCACCGAGUGGUUUGUGGCCCAUUCCAGAAUGGAGUCACUUUUCCUCCCACCUUACUCUCCAUUCCUCAACCCCAUAGAGGAAUUAUUUUCCUCAUGGAGGUGGAAGGUUUAUGACCACCAUCCACAUGAACAAAUGUCACUCCUGGAUGCAAUGAAUGCUGGAUGCCUGGACAUAUCAGCAGAAGAUUGCCAGGGAUGGAUCAGGCAUGCCAUAAGAUUCUUUCCUAGGUGUAUUGCCUUAGAUGACAUAAGAUGUGAUGUGGAUGAGAACCUGUGGCCAAAUGGAGAAGACCGAGUAGAUUAGCAUUACUAUUGUAUCUGUA